UCUGGCAACACUGCUCCCCGAUACCUAGAUCACGGAUACGCCAAAAACACACAGCACAGCCUCUUGCUCCACAGCAGCAGGUCAGGUGCCAAGCUCACCUACACACCAAACCUACCACCCCAACCCUGCAAGGUAUGCUUCAAGAAACCAAGAAGGAUGCGAUGGUGCAGGAGAGGUUCUUUACUAAUCCUGCUGGGACUUUUGGUGGCAGGACUGGUGCUGAUAUGGGGUAAACCCUUCUGGCCUGUUUAUUCGCCCAGGGGCACUACCACAACCCAACCAAAUAUUACUCUUUUCUUUGCAAAUAUUCAUCAUCUGUGGGUUGAGCCUAAUGAAGUACUGAAAACCUGCCAGAACAAGAAAGUAGAUGUCUUGGUGAUUGUACCAACAUCAGCUGCAAACCAAGAGGCUCGGGAAGCAGUCAGAAAAAGCUGGAAUGGCAAUUUUCCAGCAAGCUGGCCUGUCAUGUUUUAUCUUGGAGCAACAAAUAAUCCUCAGUUACAGAACAAGAUUACUGAAGAAGGACAGCAAUACGGGGACAUCGCCCAAGACCUCAGCUUUUUUGACUCGUACAACAAUCUGACUCUGAAGACAUUGAGCCUUGUCAGCUGGGCCCAUAAGUUCUGCAGAAAGGCUAAUUAUGUGCUUAAAAUAGACGAUGAUGUAUUCCUUAAUACCAGGAAAUUUCGCGAUUUUAUCACCUGUGUGACCAGUGCCAGGAAUGAUAUUUAUAAGAAGUUGUACCAGAAAAAUACAAUUAACCUGGGUGAGGAUGUCCUACAGGAUAAAUUUGAAGAAGAAAGUAUGCAGCCAAGUGAUUCAACUGAACUCUCUACAUGUGAAUCGUUUCAGCCAUAUGGACUUAUUAACUACUAUGUGAAUUCCAAGAGCCAUGACUAUGAGUCUUACAUAUUUGGGGGCUACUUGUACAAAAAUGUGCAGGCUGACAGGAACCCUAGCUCAAAGUGGUAUCUGGACAGAAGUGUUUAUAGAUAUGACAGGCUCCCUCCAUUCUUGUCAGGCACCGCGUACAUCAUGUCUUCUAAUAUAAUUCCUCACCUCAUACAUGAGGCUAAACAACAUCCUGUCAUUGCCCUUGAAGAUGUAUAUAUGUCAGGCAUCAUUGGAAGUCAAGGCCUGAAGUUGAAGCUGAGCCACCUUGAUGGCUGGAGCAGGUUCCGUCCUCGUUGGGACAGCGUCUGCACUUACAAUGAACUCCUAACAGCUCAUGGGCUCUCUCCUGCUGAGCUUUCCUCCAUGUCACUUGCUGUUGCUUCUUUAGACAAUGGUGCCUGUGAUGGAAUCCUGACAUACGUUCUGAACAAUUUUAAUUCGCUGGUAUCAUAUUUAUUUCCUAGGGUGUCUAAGUGAGGAGACACAGUAUGAGGAUUGACAGUAAUUUCACUUGCCAUUAAAUGGGGAAAAGUAAACUGUGAUAAACUUAUUUAUUAAAAUAAAUGCAUUCAUAUUUAAAGCCUACCAUUGUAAGGAAAAACAAAGGAAAAGACUAUAUGAUACAAGUAUAAUAUAAAAGUAUACUUACUUUUUAUGAAUGUUUUUAACUAUAUUGCAACACAUUUUAACAUUUGGGUACUUAAUGAACAAAAAGUAUGUAUAUGGACCACUACUAUAACAUUCUGUUUUUAAUUACCUGACUUAUACUUCUCUAUUUGUGCAAGUACUUUCAAUUUACAUUCUCUUUCAGUUAUCAUUCCAUUAGUAGGGAAUAAACAUUUAUGAAAAUGAAUCUAUGGGUAAAUAGCACAUGCUUAAUUGCUGAAACUCCAGAAGGGCAAAAUCAAUAUUCUAUAUUCUGUCCAGUUUCAGGAAAGAAAAAAAAUGGGUAGCACACCCUAGUGUAUGAAGGACUCUGAGUUGCCCAGUCUCUUUAGAGAAAAUAUAGAGUGGUGUAGAAGGAAGCAAAUUUUGAUGUAAAGGAAUAAAAAAAAAAAUAUCUUGUAUAAAUUUGAAAGAAAUUAAGAAAAGUAAAUGUUACCUAAUUGGCACAAAAUGGAGACUUGGUGCAUAGGGGUACUCCAGAGGCCAGAGUGAGUUGCCAUUUUUUUUUUUUUUUCUUGAGACUAGGAAAAUAAUAGUAACCCUUUUUCUCUCCCUGUCAUCACUCUCAUUGUUGAUGGCCCAGGUUCUUGCUAGCAAAUGCCCUUCACUUACUUACAUUUAAACUAUAUAUUGUUUCUUAAUUGCAUGGGAUAGUGAUCCUCAGUUUCCUGAUUUUGCCAAGUUGAUAAAAAUGAAUAUUCCAUACUAGCUAGUCAUACUGUAGUAUUAAUAAUGAUAUUGUCACCACACUUCUAAUUUAGAAGGUGGACUCUACUGUAAUAAAAUCCUGUGAUUUGGGCAGCGCUUUACAGUGGAAAUCUCAUUAAUCUUAGCUUGUUUAUUUUUUUAGAUCUUGACCAUAAAAUUGUAGAGAAAUGAAUAUAAUUGUAUUACUAAUAAAUUGUGCUACUUGAACCGUAUGGUGUGGCAAAACGGCAUUUUGUGUGUGUGUGUGUGUGUGUGUGUGUGUGUGUGUGUGUGUGUGUGUGUGUGUGUGUGUGUGUGUGUGUGUGUGUGUGUGUGUGUGUGUAAGUGAGAGAGAUUGGGACUGAUAAUUUUUCUGUGCCUUCUUAUUCAUUUUUACCCAGAAAAUAUUUGAAUGUUUGUAGUAAUAUUAGUAUAUACUGCAAGCUGUUUAUGAAUAUACUGGUAAGAAGUUGAAAGUUGGCACAUUUUUUUAUCUAUUUGAACUAAGAUAUUGUUUCUUGGAAAUUUGACUGAGACUGGCAGCCUGUGGCUUGCAUACCAGCCCUAGUUCAUAUAGUGACUUUGAGUAGCACUGCAUUACAUAAGAUUUAGCUGUUACAUUAGAUAUAUACAAACCCCGCAUAAUACUUGUCUAAAUACAGGUUGACAUAAUGAUUAUAAUAAAAAUUUAAACUA